UACAUCCUAAUCUAAACAAUCACAGCUUGUAUCACAGAGAGAGUAAGUCGUUAGUUUAUACUUAAGAUUAUACUAUUUCUAACCUAUAAAUUAAAACAGAGUGGAUACAUCGAUUCAAUUAGACAAAAGGGACACUAGCAGAACAAUAGAAAAAACGCUCUAUACCGAAUUAUGUGAGUACAUGUAUUGAUAUUUGUGAAUUACUAAUGAAAUAAUAAAAACAUUAUAGCUAAUAGCUGUAUCAGCGAAAGCGAAUUUGCGAUCUGCUUCAAGACUCGGAAAGAGCCCGUUGUUCUCCGGAACAAAUCUAUUAGAUAAUUCGACAUGGCUUCGUCGAAAGGAAAUACAACGGCAAAGGAAAAUGAAAAACAGGGAAGUUGCGCCAACUGCAAUAGACCCGACUCGUACGAUAACUAUGUACAGUGCGAUCGCUGCCAAGCGUGGUGGCAUUUCUUAUGUGCCGGAGUCAGCGAGUCUAUAGCCGACGAAUCAUUCACAUGUGAUGCUUGUUUACCUGAUAGCCGCUCAUCUCGUACGUCUUCUUCCAGCAGCAGGGUUGCUGCGAUGCAGGUCCGUUUGCAAGAAAUGGAAAAGCAGUGUCAGUUGGCCCGUCAGGAACUAGAGAAAGAACGUCAGAAAUUUGAGGAGGAAAGAAAGCAACUACACCAACGAAAUGACCAGCCGGAGCAACCGGAAAAACAGCGAACAGCAGAUUGGGUCGAACAGCAUGCAGGAAACGAAAAUAGCGCCGAUGGUCAACAAAAGAACCGGGAAGCUGCUGACACACUCCACGCACGCCCGUUGGGAACACCGCAAUCGAACUCGCAAUCAAUCUCACCUUCGCUACAGGCGGCAAUCAAUGCAGCGGUACAAGCAGCAGUGCAUACUGCCCUACAAACAACGAUUCCGGCACGGAUUCACCAACAGAAUGCUGAGCCUGUCGCCCGGGUCACAGGGGCGAUUCCUAAGAUAGUGCCGAAAACACUCAGCUCUACAAAAGUAGGAACGAAUGAAGUAGGUAACGGUACGCAAGUAGGUGCACGAAAUCUCUCCCUCCCUACCGAAAUGCCAUCAGGUAAGCCACAGAAACAAUCUAACUACAAUCAAUGGAUCCAAGAUCUAACGAGAAAAUUUGGUAACGUAAAUUUAGGUAGAACUACUAUUGCUUCCGUUGUUGGGUUCUCCAAAAUUAACCCGGGAUUGCCCAAUAGAACCGUUCCAACUUGCGAUUGGAACAAAGCGAGAAAUACUACGUCGCAAUACGACACACCUUUGAAUGACCAAGCUGCUCAUGAUUCAGCUCAUUACGGUCAAGCAAAUAUGUACCCAACAUCUGUCAAUGUCUUGGGAUCCUCGGGUCUCCCCUCUUACGUCCCUUCUCCCUCGCAGUUAGCUGCUCGGCAGGUGAUGCCCCGAGAUUUACCACCAUUCGACGGCGACGCCGCGGAUUGGCCCAUGUUCAUAAGCAGUUUUGUCAACACAACGCUCGCGUGUGGAUUUACCAGUGCAGAAAAUCUCGCGCGUUUACAACGGUGUUUAAAGGGUGAUGCAUACGAGGCGGUUAGAAGCCGCUUGCUGCUUCCGGAUACUGUUCCACAGGUACUGAACACGCUACAACUAUUGUAUGGGCGGCCCGAGCUAUUAAUUAAUGCAUUAUUGCGUAAGGUACGAUCUGUUCCCGCUCCAAAGGCAGAGAAGCUGGAAACGUUAAUCGAGUUUGGAAUGUCGGUGCAAAGUUUAUGCGAUCAUUUAGAGGCGGCAGGUCAACAUGCACAUCUCUCUAACCCUUCGCUGCUGAUGGAGUUGGUAGAGAAGUUGCCUGCCCAUACAAAGAUGGAGUGGGCGUCUUACUUACAAAAGUGUCCGGAAGUGAAUCUACAAAGCUUUGGUACGUUCAUGUCAUCGAUUGUGGUGUCGGCUAGUAAGGUGACCGCCUAUAGUGGAGGAAGCAAAUCAACAUUGUCAGACCGAGUCAAGGGUAAGCAGAGGGGGUUCAUCAACGCGCAUGAUGUUGACACUGAAGAGAAGUUGCGAGAAGAGCCAGUGUACCGGCGUGUGAAUUGUUUAGAUCUUUUUCGGUAG